AUGAGCUUCAACUUAGCAAAUAAUCUAUCGGAAACCGCCGCUAUCCAACCAACGAGCGAAGGUACCGUUGGAAGUGAAACCACGUCCGCACUGGCUAUCCAACAUGAACUCCCCAUUCCUGGCACUACGUCCGCAGAACAAGAGGUCUUCUCGCCCAAACCCUCGGCAACUGACCUUCCGCAGCCUGGCGAGUCAAUUCGCCUAGAAAUGCUACCGCGCCCCCAUUACCAUGCUCAAUUCCGUGCUGAUCUCGCAGUACGCAGCGCGCGCAUUCGCGAGCGGCUUGCGGAAUUGGCAAAGGUGAGCGAUGAGCUAAAGCGGGGUAUGCAAGGGAUCCAGGAGACAAUAGCGGACAUUGAGAGGACUAAAGCCAACACACAGAAGUAUACGCUUGAUGGUAUAAAACAAGGAGGGGAAGAAUUAAACCUGAGCCCUGAAGAAACCCGUCUCAAGAAUCUGCUAAUGAUACUCACCACACUGCGGCGUAAUGCGACACAACCCUGA